CAAGCCGCCUCGUAGACGCCGUCAGCCCGCGUGCAGCUCCCCAGCCGCCUGCCUCGCUCGCUCGCUCGCCGGGCGGGAGGCGCCGCACGCUUCAUCAUUCAGUCGUCGUUGGGGUUUAUAUUUUGUUUGUAAUCCUCGUGAAGCUCUCGCUUGUUGAGCCGUCGCGGUUUGCAGUGACGGGGUGCCGUGCAGAGGGUAGGCAGGGCUGCAUGAAGGAGUGAGCGGCACAUGGAGAGCGUAAAUGGAUGACUCAUCGGGAGAGUCGGAGAGCAGCGACCUGCAACAAGGCGCCCCACCUCCUCGAGAUGGCCGCCGGCACACGAGGCGCCACCCGGGUGCCGGAGAUGGCAUCGCCCGCAAGAUCAACACCCUCGCCAGCACCUUGCAGGAUACAAAUCGUAAUCUUCGAAGUGUGGACAGCCUGCUGGGCCAAUACAGGGACUACACAGGCGACCAAACAGAAGCCAUGUCUAGAUUGCGUGACAAUCUAGAAGAGUCAUUGGAGGAUCUGAGAAGCCAGAGACUGAGUCGGAGUGCAGGAGUACGGGGGGCAUCUACACUGCAUUCUCUUCAUGCGAGUGAUCUGGAUGACACCAACAGCAGGGGCCGGCAGUAUCGGCCCACCUCGCCACUCAGGAAUUAUGGUAGUCCCACACGGCACAGGAGAUCAAGAUCUGUCGUGCGGUUUGCAGAUGAGGCCAUCCCUCGAAGCCAGUUGCACAGAGUACACCAGUCUUUACGAGAUCUCACGAGCGACCAAAUGCGGAUUGGUGAUGAUUUGGACAGGGAAAUAGAUCGCCGAAACAGGGUAGAGGUUGAUACCAGGCGAGCUAUGCAGGACCUUUCGGAGAGCCUUCAUGAUUCAAGGAGCAGAGAUGGUAGCUCCGAUCGUGUGGAACGCCGGCUCCAGGAGAUGGAACGGGAGAUGCGAAUAGAGAGGGAGAUGAUGGAGCGCAAGCAGGACCAAAUUGGGCAAUUGUCAUCAAGUCUACAGGAGGUACUCUUAAAAAAAGAAGCCAAAUCUGAAGCCGAGUCGCUAUUGAAGACCAAGAUGCUCAAGACUGAGUCUGAAAAACUUCAACUUGAGCAAGACCUUGAGCGGUUGCGUCGCAAGUUGGAUCAGUCGGAGGGUGGCCGAGAUGCCCUCUUCCAACAGAUUGAUGAGCUGCGCUUGCAGCUGCGACGAGCCGAGGAGGAGAGGGCAGGGUUGCAGCACCAGAUUUCCCAAGUGUCCUUGCAAAAGGUUCGCCGAACCGAAGAGGAAGACACGAGCUCGCUCCGGGCUGUGGAGAGGGAGAAAAAGGAUCUGGAGCGACAAGUUUUGGAACUGAAAGCACAACUUAAUCGCAGUGCUGUACUCACUGAGAUGGAUGAAUUAAAACAUACUCUGCAGAAGAAAGAGAAAGAGAUUGCAAAGCUCACGGCUCAUGUAGAGCUGCUGUCGGCCGAUGUGGACAAGCGCGAGAGACACACUCUGCGCAUGCUGGAGCAGCUGAAGCAGCUGCAAGGCCAGUACGAGGUGUGCGAACGCGAGAGGCGGCGGGCUGAGGUUCAUGCUGAGGAAUUGUCCCGGGACAUCGAGGGCCAUCAGGUGCAGCUUCGCCAGACGGACCAACAGCUGUCCGAGGCGGAGCGGCGUCGUGACGAGCUGAGGCAGAAAGCGCAGGAGUCUCUGCGCCAGUGGAAGGGAAAGUGCCGGUCUUUGGAGCGCGAGCUGGACAAGCAGAAGGAGGUUGUGACACGCGCCACAGAAAAGGGCGGGCAGCUGGAGAAGGAAAGUGAAGCCCUUCGCUCGCAGUUGGUGACCGGGUCGCAGAGAGUGGACGGACUCAAGCGGGAGCUGGACGAUGUGCUGGCCAAACGAGCCCAGCAGGAGGAAAUCAUCCGCCGCAAGGACUCUGACCUGGGAGAGCUUCGCCUACUGCGUUCGGAAUUGGAGCGCGAGCUGGGCGAUUCUCGUGAGCGGACGGAGAGGCUGGACGUGGAGACACAGCGCCGAGGCUUGCAGGCAGAGCAGCUCCGGGAGGAGAAUCGGCGUCUGGAGGAGGAGGUUGCUGUGCUGAGCUCACAGCACGAGCGCGACCGCCAGACCUCGCUGCAGCUGCAGAAGGAGCUCCGCGAUCAGGGCUUGCAGCGAGCAGAGAUUGCAACCAGGUUGACUGAGGAGGAACGUCUGGGCAAGGAGCUUCGCACACGGCUGGUGGAGUCUCGGGAGGAGACUGCAAAAGCGCAGGCUGAGGUCACGCAGCUUGAGCGCCAACUUGCACUGGAGAGAGACGCGCAUCACCGUGAGGCUGAGGAGCUGAGGAUUGAGGCACAAGUGGCUGCCACCCAGCAUGAGGCCAGCACCCAGAAGGCAGCGCAUGCCUACAGGCAGGAGCUUGCCCAGCUGGAAAACCACAUCGAGAGCCUCAAGGCAGAGCUAGUGGGGGAAAAGAGUUCCGCCAAGUCUGUGCGCGCACGGAUGGACAAGAUGAAGGUGGAGUGCGACCGUCUGACCUCGGAGCUCGGCCAGCGUGAGGAAGAGCUUUCUCGUUUUCGUCGCAAAUACCAGACUGUGCGCCAGGACCUGGAGAAGAAGAGCGAGCUGGCGGCCAGCCGUGGGGAGCGUGAGCAGCAGCUGGAGGAGGAGACGUGCCGUCUGGGCGAGCGGGUUGCCGGAUUGGAGACCGAACUCGAGUCCGUCCUGGGUGCUGUCGGCAAAGAGAUUGUGGCCCUUUGUGAAAUCGUCUCCAAGGACGCUGCUAAGGUAUUGGCAAAACAUGAUGAACUACCAAGAGACCCCCAUAGGUGGUCAGCAGAAAUGAAGGCCAAGCUGCAGUGGGUGCGGGAAGAGCUGACGGAACACAUGGAAAAGGAGCAGCGUCUCCGGCGGCAGUUCCAGCAAGUGCGUGAGCAGCUGAGGGGGGCGGCCCAGGGUAAAGAUUCCGAGCGGCAGCUCUACAUGGAGCAGCUCACCAAGCAAGAGAAAUUGCUCGCCGAGAUCCACCGAGAGAAAAGAGAUCUAUUGGAGAAAAACAGAAAAAGGGAUGAAGAAGUCCGUGUUCUACAGGAUCGAAUAGCAGAUCUGGAAAUCAGUACACGGGUAGCAUUGGAUCACUUGGAGUCUGUUCCAGAGAAACUGGAAGUUCUUGAGGGACUCAAGGACUUGGAAGAAUCUCACCAAGAGCAGAACAGAAUUCAGGAGCGAUACUCCAAGUAUCGAGAGUCUCUGGGUUUUCUGCAGCACCAGUUGGAUGAGUCAAAACGCAAGGUCGAAGAGUACCGGGAACAGGAAUUUGAUGCAUCCCUCCGCGCAUCAAGGACUGUCGGCACUGUCCUCUUUGCACGAGGGGGGAAGCUUUCUGAGCAGCUCGGCUCUGACAGACUACGCAGGUGGCCAAGAAAGGAAGCCGUCACCGGAUUUGAAAUUGUCGCCACUUAAAGAAAAACAACCUUCGAAGCAAAAAGUCCGGAAGAAAUGAAAUAAUGCUCGAAGCACUUAUAUUUUUAUUGUCACGUUUGUGUCAAACUUAUGAUUAUACAGUAUUUUGUAUUCAAACUUCUAUUUUUAUAAUGAAAAAAAGUGUAAAUAUGUGAAUCCAUGAAACAUAGAUGUGUGGGUUGUGCAAGUAAUUUAAAGCGAUCCCGUUUUGUAAGAGACUCGUGUCUGCAUACAGUACGUGCACAGCCAGAUAUGCCAGGCGGGGAGGCACAGCAUACAAAUAAGCUGCACGUCUUUGUUGCAUCCACAUCUGCCGGGCCAUGAACAAUUAUCUCCUGGAGGCGUUUUUGCUACAAACACAAGCAAGGGUGAAAUGAACCCUCAGCGUAUUUACUUGAACUUUCCUGAUAAAUGCGUGUGCUGUACACAUUGCUAGAUUAAUGAGCUAACAAUGGGUUUGUGGGUUGGCUGUGUUGGCUUGAAUUUACUUCACGCAAAAAAAUCUACCAUUACAAUGAAACGUGGCAAAUUAAUCGGUAUCCAUGAGAACGCCAUUAUGUCAAUAACAGGUGCUAAAAAGUUUUUCAUUUUUAUGAUCCUGCUGUACAGAAAUUAUUUGUAUAAUACAAUGCGGAUGUGUGGGGAAAAAAAUCAUUGUUUACACAGCGCAGUAUGUGUAGACUACAUUUUUGUCAAAACAUAGAGGAUAUUCUACAAUGUACCUCAAAAUAAAUGUAAUCAUGUAACAACACAACUGUAAUUUGGAUUUCCAGGGUACAGCGCAUACUUUUGUUAUCAGAGUUUUUCACCAUGGACAAAAGUUUUGAAUUGGUGUAUCAACUCUUGUGAAAAUAUUGCAAUCAAAGUAACAAUUACGCAACCUGUAACGCGCGCAAAUGAACAAAAGUUAGAAGGCAACUCGUGGGUGCAUUAUAGUGAAAUUAAUCAAUAUUUACAUGAGCUUAAUGCUGCCUUAAAUAAACCAGAGCAUCCAUUUUUAUAAAUAUUUAGAUAUGCACAUGUGGCAUUAGCUAAAUUACAAUUUCACAACAUUUUCCCGUGUUCCAAUGUCAUUGAUGUAAACAACUUAAGCGAAAAUGACAUGAAUCACAUGAUCUUUACCACUCCGGAUGACAGGCACUUUUUACUUAAUUAACCAAUUAUAAUUUACAUUAUUUCUAUGCAGUCGCGUGCCUCUGGAGCCCUAUUGUAAUUUCAAAAACCUGUUAAUUGGAAUGUGCGCAUGAGCGGGCAUUACAGACAAGCUUUUAAGUGAUGCAUUCAUAAGUUGCACCAAAAGGUUAGCAGCAAUUGUAAUUCUUGCGAAUUAUGAUUUUGGAAAGUUAGUGAUGUGCUGUUAUUGUGAUGAUGAUUACUGGUCCCGGUGUUCCUGCUGUGUUUUUUUUUUAAAUCACGUUUGCUGUGAAUGGAUGAGUGCUUUCAAAAUUAAGUGUUUUUUUUGUUUGUUAAAUCGAUUGUGUUAUUUAUAUGACCCUGAUUUUUUACAAUACAAAUUUUGUAAAAUGUUCAUUUGUUGAAAAUAUUUAUUGAAGUGUUGAAAGAAAACGUUUGUGCAUGUCAGGUUUUGGCAUUUGACCUGUGUGCAAUGCAGUAUGUAAUAAAACAUGUCUGAUGAGUUAGA